AUGAGCUUGGUACCGUGGCAUGCUACAGCGGCUUUUUUGGAGGACGUCGACUUCCCAUACCUCAUAGCAGUCGAGUACGGGAAAGAGAGACAAUACUUCACUGGGGUCUUGAGAACAUUUGACAAAUAUGGGAACUUGACACUAUCGGAACCGGAGGAAUGCAUCUUCUAUAACGGAUUCAUGGCUAAAAGGCCACUCGGUAAAAUAUUAACGGUAUUUGGAGAAUCCGUAGUACUUUGUGGAAGAUACGACAAAAGUAAAAGCGCGAAUAUCCCGAAGAAGAGCUUUGGAGAACUUGAGAAAGAGUAUAAGCAGAGUGUUCAGUUUUAA